AUGAAGUUCUCGGUCUUGUCCUACCUUUUGGCCAACGCCUUGUCCGCGUCUGCGGGCACCAUCCUCUGGGAUGGCCGCUUCAACGACCUCAGUUCUUCGACUGACCUCAACAACUGGUCGUGGGGCAACCAGGUCGGCCCAUACCAGUACUACAUCCACGGCUCAUCGUCGGUGACAUCUUACGUCAACCUGUCCCCCGACUACGGAAACCCAGCCGACACCGGUUCCAAGCAGGGCGCCAAGAUCACGCUGGACAACACGGCGUACUGGAACGGCCAGAACAUGCGCCGGACGGAACUGAUCCCCCAGACUUCCGCGCCCAUCAACCAGGGCAAGGUGUACUACCACUUCUCGCUGUCGCGCAAGGACACCAAUGCGCCCGCCACCACCCGUGAGCACCAGAUCGCUUUCUUCGAGAGCCACUUUACCGAGCUCAAGUCCGGUUUGUUGUCGGGGGCCUCCGGCGUGUCGGACACCUCGCUGCGGUGGUGUGUCAACGGCGCGACGCAGUGGAGCACGGAGUGGCAGGCGGGUGUCUGGCACAAUGUGGCGUAUGAGAUCGAUUUCAGUGCCAACACCGUCGGUUUCUGGCACUCGACCGGCAGCGACCCCUUGACGCGCAUCGUCGCGCCUGUCAGCGUCAGCACCAGCAGCAAUGGUGCCGACUGGCAUGUGGGCGUGCUCGAGCUCCCGCGCUCGGGAUACUCGGACAGCAACGAGGACUACUACUGGUCUGGCGUGUACAUUGAGAGCGGCUCGUUGACGACCAACGUCGCUGGUCCCGGUGCUCCGUCCGGCGGUAACCCCUCCACCACGACGACCAGCAAGCCUUCGACCCCCUCCACCACCCUCACAACCUCAACUACCAAGGCCGCUACCACUACCACCACCUCCAGCAAGCCGCCGGCGACCACGACUAGCACACCCGGUGGCUGCACGGCCCCGCAAUGGUCGCAAUGCGGAGGCACGGGAUACACGGGUUGCACGACGUGCGCGUCGCCGUACACCUGCAAGUAUUCCAACGACUGGUACUCGCAGUGCUUGUAA